AUAUAUAAAAAAUGCAUUGCUGGACCUGUGUGAGGCAUCUUUUUCAUAAAGCUUGAAUGGUAUUGGUUAAGGGACUGAGAUUUGUUUGGCAUGCCUCAAACCCCAGAAGCACCCAACACCCUUGGUUUCUGUGUAAAAGCAAAGGAAUCUUAAAUUCUUCUACUUCAAUACACAUACACAUAUAUACAUAUUAUAUAACAAUGUUCUUUGCAGCAUAUACUAAUGGGGAAUGUGAAGGCAACAUCAUCUUCACCUUGAGUUCUCUCUCUCUCUAUAUAUAUAUAAGCUUUCCAUUGCCUUUUUCUCUUUAACAGUUUCCCUUUUCUUCUUCAUCUCAAAGCUUUGAUCUUCUUCCAUAGCUAAAGCUCUUCAAGAAUCUUUGACAGGUGGAAAAAUAGUGAAAAGGUAAUUGAGCAUCUAUUUAUCUAUAUCUCUUGGGAUUUUGAAAGAAACAAACUCCAAUGGAGAAGCUUCUUAGGCCGUACGAUAAGGAAUUUAUGAGGAUGGCAAUGUUAAAACAUGAAGAAACUUUCAAAGAACAGGUAUAUGAGCUUCAUCGUCUAUAUAGAAUCCAAAAGACGUUGAUGAAAAGCAUUGGAACCAGUAGAGCCGCCAUUAAUGGAAGCUUUCACCAUGGGAAUAUCAUUUCAAGAACCAGAUUUGAUUUAGAGCAUCCAGCUGAUGCUGAUGCUGAUGAUGAUGAUGAUGCAGAGUUUAUAGAUGAAAGUGAGAUUGAACUGACUUUAGGACCAACAAAGUACAUGUCGAGGAAGAAACAUGGGACUACUUCGGAUUCAGGACCGAACAGCUUCUCAUCUUCUUCAACUGAAUCAGCUUCUCAUAUGAACAACAACAAUAGCAGGCCAAGUACUUCUUCCAUGGCGAAAAUCCAACGAGAUGAAUUCAUUGGUCGUGAACUGAGACUCUUACAGGUUACUGAUACAACAAUGGGGUAUCAAAAUGGGAGUAAAAACAAUGUUGUUGAACUUGAAAAACAAUUUAGACAAGAGAGAUUAAAACAUCCUUGGUUUUUUCAAGUUGCAAGUAUGAAUAUGACUUGAAAAAAAAGGAGAAAAUUCCAAGUUUAUAUGAUUAGAUUUUUAGAUUAGUGUUUGUGAGGAAGUUUAGGUUUAGAGCUUCUUUUUUUGGGGCAAAAAUGGGCGAUGGAGUUUCUUAUUUUGUAAAGAUCACUUUUUUAUUUUCUUGACUAGUAAAAACCCAUUACAAUGCA